CCAACGCUUGAUAUGAACAUACCUUUUUCCUUCCUGGAUAAAGAGAAGAUGGUCCCUAUCCGUGCAACUGCAACAAAGACAAUCCUCAGUGCUGCAAAAUCUGUUCUAGCACUUUCGUCCUUUAUAGGUGAUAGGCAAUUACCACGGUGCUCUGGUUUCCUCAUUGAGUGGGAUGCGGCAAGGAAAGAAGGCAUUGUUGUGACAAGUGCUGAUUUAAUCUGCUCAAGUAAAUCCAUGGAUGACUGGUCUGGCAAAGAUGUACAUUGUCGUAAUGCUAAGGUUUAUGUUCACUUGCUGGACAAUACUACUGUAGAAGGCUGCUUGAUCUACUUCCAGACAGACUACAAUCUUGCUUUCUUCAAGAUUUCAGUCGAUCAACAUCUGCAAUUACUACAUCUUUUAAAUCAGAGACUGGAAUACGCUCAGGCGGUUUUCUUGCUUGGAAGAGACGAAAGUUUGUAUCUGGGCAUAGGUCAUGGCAGGGUUCUGUGUUGUGAUCCAAACUUGGCCAAUCGUCAUCACUAUAUGAAUGUGGAUGGUACAGCUCCUGAGUGUGUGACUGGAGGGCCGGCUAUUGAUUAUAAUGGAGAGGUUGUGGGAAUGGCCAGCUUGUAUGCUAGACAGGCUAUUAUACCUUCUUUCAUCAUAUUCAAGUGCUGGCAUUUUUGGAAAAGAUUUAACUGCAUCCCUCGGCCUCAUCUUGGGUUGAAGUUUUCGUCCAUUAAGUUCCGAAGCGUUCCUCAGAUAGAUAAAAUAUCACGUGAUUGUAAGAUUGAGGAUGGCCUUAUUGUUCAGGAGGUAUCAGAAGAAUCUAUUGCUGAGGGACUUGGAGUUAGAAUUGGUGAUAUUGUUACAUCUUUCAAUGGAGAGUGCAUUUCUGAUACAGUUGAGCUGGAAAGUAUGUUACUGAGCAUGUCUGAAGCCCAUUUUGACCAAGGAAAUCGCCUUAAUUCCAAAAUGAAUGUUAAUAUUGGUGUAUUUCAUAUGAGCAAUCGUGCUCAAAGGGACAUAUCGUUAUCAGUAAAUGUAUCCGACAAGGGGGAAGUGGUUUUAAGACGUUCUUAUCUUGUCAACCCCCCUUCUGGACAAGAGCUUCCAGUUCCACCCUGCCGAGUUCAACGCUGGCUAUGCUAUUGAAGGAUGUGAGCCUGUAGGCCAAUCUUGCUUCUUGAUGCAAUCUACGCUGGCUAUCCUAUUCCUACAUAAGGAUGAUUUAUCUGAAAUACCUCAUGUUG